AUGACUGGGUGGAAGACCCCCGGCCUCUGCAUCUGCAUCUGGGAGACCCCCGGCCUAAAGAGGGACUACGACGCAAAAUCGCCAUCAUCGCUCGAUCCCAAGGAGAUCCAGGGUUUCCCCUGGAGUUGCCCGCGCUGUCAAGGACCAGACAAGGGUAGAAUCCCGGCGGAUCUGCCCAGCUGCCGACGAGACGCAUCCGCCACCGUGCCGACGUCAGACCAGCGAUCAAGGCCCACGCUUGGGCAUAGAUCCGGCCGCGACCCGAUCCGGUCACGCCGCCGCCGUCCCUGGCGACCGCGACGCACCAGAUCACGAGGCCUCCUGCCGCGGGGGAGCGAAGUCGCCGAGGCGCCGCCACCACCUGCCGUGGCGUCCGGCCCGCCGCCACGCUCCGGCCCGGGGGCACCGGCCGGCGCCAGCCCCACGCGAGCGAGAGGGCCCGAGUCCCCGCCGCCAUCGGCGACGACCAGGCUUCGCCUGGCCGCGCCCUUGGGCGAUGGCGAGGGAGGAGGAGGAGGAGUGGGGGAGGGCCGGCCGACGGGAUCUGGGGCCCUCCCGGCCGCCCACGCGGGGGGCGACUCGGGUGGAGGAGGAGAUGCUACAGCUCUACAUGCAUAUAUCACGGAUUAUCGCGUUGCCCGGAGUUAG